GUGGAUUCGCUGGACGCGGCAGGGCAGGAGGCUCCAGUUCUCACCUGCCCGAGUUCCCUGGUGCGUUGGCUGUCCUGGCCACCCGGUCGCGCACCUGGAGAGCGCUCAGCGCUGUGGGCAGAUUCCCCAAGUCGCAGACUUCGGGACGCAGCUCGCAGUGGAGAGUGCUGGGACCAUUACCAGCUGGUACCUCCGCUUACCUUCUUAUCUGCUCUAAGGCUCCGGACUGCGGGAGACACCUGGAGGACGCCUCUAACCGCCCUAGGACACCACGCCCGCGGCGCCCAGGAAAUAGAAGCGAGCGCCGCCGGCAGCUGAGCUAAAACGCUGGGCGCGGGCUGCGCGUCGCGGGGCCACCAGUUUCCGCGCAGAGCGCUGGCCACCGCCAAGCCAUGGGCGCGCAGCGGGACAUUGGCACCUUCGUGGUGUGGGACUACGUGGUCUUCGCCGGCAUGCUGCUCAUCUCUGCCGCCAUCGGCAUCUACUACGCCUUCGCGGGGGGCGGCCAGCAGACCUCCAAGGACUUUCUGAUGGGCGGCCGCAGAAUGACCGCCGUGCCCGUGGCGCUGUCCCUCUCCGCCAGUUUCAUGUCAGCUGUCACGGUCCUGGGCACCCCCGCAGAGAUCUACCGUUUUGGGAUCAUGUACAGCAUCUUCGCCAUCACCUAUUUCUUUGUGGUGGUCAUCAGCGCAGAGGUCUUCCUGCCGGUGUUCUACAAACUGGGGAUUACCAGCACUUACGAGUAUUUAGAACUUCGAUUUAACAGAUGUGUUCGACUUUGUGGAACAGUCCUCUUCAUUGUUCAAACAAUCCUUUAUACUGGAAUUGUUAUUUAUGCUCCUGCCCUGGCUUUGAAUCAAGUCACAGGAUUUGAUCUGUGGGGUGCGGUAGUGGCAACUGGGGUGGUCUGCACAUUCUACUGCACGCUGGGUGGUCUUAAAGCAGUUAUCUGGACAGAUGUUUUUCAAGUUGGAAUCAUGAUAGCUGGAUUUGCAUCUGUGAUUAUACAGUCUGCAGUGAUUCAAGGUGGCAUCAAUGGGAUUUUAAAUGAUGCCUAUAAUGGUGGAAGAUUAAACUUCUGGAACUUUAAUCCUAACCCUCUGCAAAGACACACGUUCUGGACAAUUAUUAUAGGAGGGACUUUCACAUGGACCAGCAUCUACGGUAUCAACCAGUCACAAGUACAGAGAUACAUUUCCUGUAAAAGCAGAUUCCAGGCAAAGCUGUCUCUCUACAUCAAUCUUGUGGGACUCUGGAUAAUCCUCGUCUGCUCAGUAUUUUGUGGGCUUGCCCUGUAUUCCAGGUACCAUGACUGUGACCCUUGGACAGCCAAGAAAGUGUCUGCAGCAGACCAGCUCAUGCCUUAUCUGGUACUGGAUAUUCUGCGAGAUUAUCCGGGAGUUCCUGGACUUUUUGUGGCCUGUGCUUACAGUGGAACACUGAGCACAGUGUCUUCCAGCAUUAAUGCCUUAGCAGCUGUAACUGUGGAAGAUCUGAUCAAGCCUCGCUUCCAGUCACUCUCAGAAAGGUCUCUGUCUUGGAUUUCCCAAGGAAUGAGUGUGCUGUAUGGGGCUCUGUGUAUUGGAAUGGCUGCUCUGGCGUCACUCAUGGGAACUUUGUUACAGGCAGCGCUCAGCAUAUUUGGCAUGGUUGGUGGACCACUGUUGGGCUUGUUUUCUUUGGGCAUUUUGGUUCCCUUUGCCAACUCAAUUGGAGCACUUUUGGGCCUCUUGGCUGGAUUUGCCAUUUCCUUAUGGGUUGGAGUUGGAGCUCAACUUUAUCCUCCACUUCCUGAGAGAACUCUGCCAUUACCUCUGGAAAUCUAUGGCUGCAACAGCACGUACAAUAGGACAGAUUUGAUGACAGCCACUGCAAUGCCAUUUUCUACAAGUGCUUUUCAAGUACACAACAUUGAAAGGACUCCACUAAUGGAUAAUUGGUAUUCUUUAUCAUAUCUGUACUUCAGCACUCUUGGAACUUUGACAACGAUAAUUGUGGGGAUGCUUAUCAGUUUAUCAACAGGGGGAAGAAAACAGAACUUAGACCCCAGAUUCUUACUAACCAAACAGGACUUUUUAUCCAAUUUUGAUAUUUUUAAAAAAAAGCAGCAUGAUAUAAGCUAUAAAUCUCAUCCAGUGGAGGACCUUGGAACUGAUAAUCCUGCCUUCAACCAUAUUGAAUUGAAUUUCACAGAUCAGAGGGGCAAGGUCAAUGGGACUCGCUUGUGA